AUGGACACAGGCUUUCAAUCGGUAAAUAUUACUGAUGAGUUGGAGUUGCUGGUGAUUCUUCUAGAUAUUAAUCCGUAUACGUGGGGAAAAAGAAAAUUGGACAAUGAACAACAACAAUCAUCAUCAGCAAAAAGUUUAAUUUCCUUCUCACAAUUUAUAAAUCAACUUCUUGUAUUCAUUAACACUUUCCUAACUAUUCAGAGAAAUAAGAAAAUAGCAGUUAUUGCUAGUUCGGAAAACAACAAAUCACAUUUUCUAUUUCCGAAUAGAUUUAGAUCAAAGAAGGAUGGUAAACAUAACCAUAAUCAAAUUCAAGUUAAGAGUACUGAUAGUACAAGUAUGUUAAACAUGAUGGGUGUAAAAUCAGGAGAUGAUAUCGAAGAUUUCUUCUUGAAUGAUAUUGGUUUUGAGAGUGUACAAAAUGCAGUCUUAUCCGGAUUAAAUAGUGAAGAAGUUACUCCGAGUGAAGACACUGAAUAUAUGGAAGAUGAUGGCAAUCACACCACUUCAACAGCACAGGGUUUCUCCCUCAGUGGUGCCUUGUCUAUGGCUUUGUGUUUUAUUAACAGAUUGGAAAAGGAAAAACCUUUGGGAAUGUCACUCAAUUCUAGAAUUUUAACAUUCCAAGUUUCUCCUGAUAUUUCAUCACAAUAUAUUUCUGUCAUGAAUGCCAUUUUCUCAGCAGAGAAAAUGAGUAUCAUGUUAGAUGCUUGUGUUUUAUCAAAUGAUGAUUCCACAUUUUUACAACAAGCUUGCUUCUUAACUGGAGGAAAUUAUUUGAAACCUCAACGACAAGAAGGUUUAAUUCAAUAUUUAUUAACUAUUUUCAUGUUGGAAAAGAGUCUUCGUUCUUAUAUUCAAUUACCUGUACAAAAUACUGUAGAUUUCAGAGCAAGUUGUUUCGAAACUAGAAAGCCAAUUGAUGAUGGUUAUGUUUGUCCUGUUUGUUUAUCAAUUUUCAGUUCUCACAAGCCAGUCUGUUCUACCUGUGCCUCUAAGUUACAAAGACCGACCAAUAGAUCUGUACUUUCGUACAAGUAA